AUGGACCUGUUGAUCGCAUUUAAGGCGGGCAGUCACAAAGUGGGAUGCCGAUCUUAUUUAGCCCCAACAUGCCGACCAGCACAGCCUGGUCCUGACAGCCUCUCACAAACCAGAAGACGCUUGGCUCUUGAUGGCUCCCCUGAUCCCUAUUUUGUUGUAAAUCCCCACCUUUUUGAAGAUCGCCAACUCUGGCCCACUGAAGGUUUGCGGAAACUGUGCAGUGACCUUGGCUUUUCUGCAUCUGGGAGCCGCAGCGAGUUAGUCGAGCGUUUACAGGCGUUCGACAGAAAUCCAGUUGGCGAUAGUCUAGAAUAUGUCGAAACGGAAUUCUAUGUGGAACAGAAGGAGAGUGGCUAUCUGAAUAUGCUCCCCAUACCGCGUGAUAACAUACCGGAAGGGUUGAAGGCUGCCCUCGCGACCCCAGCUUCACCAUUCACCCGGCCCGCCCUGCGAAAACAACAGAAUAAAUGCAUAUGGGAAUGUGGCACAAAUAGGUCGCAACACGAAUUCGGAGAAUGGCAAGAGCUGGAGCUUGAGGAACGGAACACAAACGAAGCCAGCCGCAUAACAUCCUUCGCAGAUUUCACGGAGAACGGCAGUGGAAGUGGCCGCCGCCUCAAGCGACGCAGAGCCAACUCUUCGAAAGAAAAGAACCUUGUAUCGCAGUCUCCUCGAAAGCGAAUCAAAUUUAGCCGCUUCAACAAUGUGCAACUGAUAACGCCGUCUAAGCUGGACUACAACAGUGAGCAAAGCAACUUAUUCCAAUUGUAG